AUGGCUUGGAGCAGCCUGCACACCGAUGUGAUGCUUGACUUCUUCUCAAGACUGACAGUCAAAGGCCUCCACCGCUGCAGAUGUGUGUCUAGGGAAUGGUUGAGCGUCAUCUCCAAUCCCAACCUGCGGACUCUUCAUCGGCAGCGCUGGAGGCAACACCCUUUGAUGCUUGUCCUAGACAACAUUAACUCCACCACGUAUGUGAUCACUGUGAGUGACAUGGGUGGAGCUGUUUUGAACCACUUCAUAGUGGAUCUUCCGGUAACCUCUUCUUUUGCCAUCAUUGGAUACACUUACUGUGAACUCAUUUGCUUUUCUCUCAAUCAUGACAAACUGUACGUUUGCAACCCAAGCACCCAAGAAUUGGCGGAGGUGCCCAGCUCUCCCUACUCAUUCCGUUUCUCCGCUUCUCUUCCUCCAAUGGGGUUUUUCACUCUGACUAAACAACAUCACAUCCUAGCAAUAGGACGUGUACCUUCCUUGGAUCAGUAUAAAAUUGUACGCCUGUUUAUGCGUAAUGUUGAAAAAAAUGGUGCUUACGAUUUUGGCUGUGAAGUCUUCACCAUAAGAGAUGGGGAGCAUGUAGACUCAGGCUCUUGGAAGCUGAUAGGAGACUGCCCUUGUUCAGUCUCGCAGACAAGCCACGCUAGCGUAGAAGGAGCCAUUUAUUGGCCGGUUGCAGACCAUGCUCUUCGCAGUCAAAGGAACCACAUUCUACGCUUGGAUCUGGAAACCGAAAUGUUUGAAUUCAUAUCCGGUCCUCAAGAUUACCUAUAUGGUCUUGAUCAUGAGGAUGAUGAUUUCAUAUCUUUUUCUUUGCAAGAGUUAAAAGGCUGUGUGUGCUUGGUGAACAGGUAUCAGCCUUUCUUCGUCUUGGAUGUAUGGAUGCUGAAGGAUCGGGCAAAUGGAAUUUGGGUUAAAGAGCACCACAUCGACCUGCCUCCGCUUGAUCAUCACUGUAUGAUUCAGGGCUUCAUCCCUAGUAAUCAUGAUGACGGAAAUCUAUUGAUUUUUAUGUCGUCCAACCAGACCUACUACUACUACAACAUCCAGACCCAGACAUUCAGUGUUGCAGACAACCUAAAUGCAGAAGGACUCCAUUCUUUCUUUGUCUACUAUGACAACUUCUUUUCUUUAGGAACCAGAUAG